AGGGGUUUUCACCUUCAUGCCUGACAGGGGUCUCAUUUCUUCGACGGACGAAUCUCGAGCAAAUCUCAGUUCUUGGAGUCCAGGUUUUGUUCUCUUCUCUUCUCUUCCUCUGCUUCUCUCUCCAUUUCUCACUCUCUCUCUCUAUAAUCCAUUUCUUUGUCUUUGUCAUAUUUUGAUUUUCUUUACCCAUCUACAAAGCAAAAAAUUGGAACUGAAGGAUAAUAAUCACAGAGAAAGAGAGAGAGAAAGAAGCAGAAGAAGAUAAUGGAUUAGGUAUAUGUUUGCUGUUUACGCUCAAUUUAAAAAUAAAAAUAAAAGGAAAGAAAACUUUACUAAGUUGAAAGAGGGUCUGAUUGAUUGAAAACCCUUUUGAAACUGGAUGUAUCAUGAUCUUUUCUUUUAUGGGUUUGUACUAAAUUGUGAGUUUUUUUAAUUUUUUUUUUCCAUUAAAAUGCAAAAGAAAGGAAAGUGAGUACUAAGUUUUGCCAUUUGUGUUGAAAGAUGGUAUGGUAUUUUCCGAUUAUACGUAACAAUGAGACUUUUGGCACGUUACUAUGCCUUCUCAUUUCUGUGAUAUGUGUGAGGCAAUCAGCUCUUUCAAUUUAGUUUCAAUAUAAACUUUUUCGGAAAUGUGCCAAAUUUAGAAUCAAUAAAUAACCCAAAAACCAUUAAAUGUGCCAAAUGCCAUUUUUAUUCUCUGUUUUCUGCUGCAUUUUAAUAUCUUUCGUUUUCUCUCUUUCUCUCUCUCAGGAGUUUUGAUCUCCGAGGUUUUUAUUUUGUUUUCUUAGAAGUGGGUUUUUGAUCAUCUCUGUCAUUUGAAACUUCCUGCUUACUGCAUCAUUAUUUUUCUGGGGUUUUGUUUUUGUCCUUAAUCUUUUGUGGUUGCAUUUGACCUGUUUUUCUUCUAUAAGAAUUUCUUGUUUCUAUAUGUGUGGGUUUUGUUACUUAUAUGGGUUAUGGGGAUUUGAUCAUGGGUUUAAAGAUAUUUAGGAAAAUGUUUGGCAUUUAAGCUAAACAAAGCGUUCAGUACUCAGUUAGUUGUUGUACUAUGAAGACAUUGAUACUAAGAAGGGGUGGAUUUUGUUUGCAAGCCAUUGUAUUCUCUUUAUUUGGACACCUUUUAAUCCUACCGUUUCAUCUUUGAUCUCCUUUUUUUCUCACUUCUCAGGUACUUUUCUUUUUCUUUUUUUCUUUUUUUGGUUUGAGAGUCUUUUUAAUUUGUUUUUUCAAGCAUUUUUGUGUUUGUGUUUGAAUAAUUGUUGUUGUGUAUAUGAUUGCUGGAACUAAAACUGGAUUGUUUGUCUUUAUUUGAUUUGAUAGAGUCAUGAUUUUUGAAAUAGUUAUUCAUUGUUUUGGGCAACAGUUUGAGUCUUUUGAGGUAGAUGAGGACCGAUUUAGUUUUGUGUGUCUGUAUGACAAUGUAAAGUUCAUUACAUGUAAUGAGAGGUUGAUUUUAGGAGAAAAGCCCUUAAUGAGUGCUAAGGUUAAGUUACCCUGGACAAGAGGGGCUUAGUUCCAUGUAAAUAAUGAUCAGGAUUUGCUAGAACUGUUCCAAGAAUUUAGUGAACACAAUAUUAGUAUUAUCCACUUCCAUUGCAAUAUGUUACCCAUGGAUGAGAUGGAACCUGAGGUUAUGGACCCUGUAGAAUCAGACCCACCUGAACCUGAACCUAAACAUCAACCUCAACCAGACUCCCCUGUCAGUCAAGUUUCUACUCCUCCCCCACAAACAGAACCUCAGUCCCAACCUCAAACAAAAAGAAAACCUGAAUUUGAUAGUGAUGAAGUGGAAAUAAGUGAUAAGGAUGAUAGUGAGUGGCAAGGGGAAGAUUCAAACAAUGAGAAUGGUCAAUUUGGUAGUGAUAAAGAGGAUGAAAGUAGAGUUGCAAAGCUAUCUAGGUUGAUGAAGAGGAACCUGUAUAAGCCUUUACCAGAUGGAAAACAUCAUUUGCAAAUAGGACAAACUUUUGAGUGUGCUGCUGAGUUUAGAAAGGUCCUUACUGAGUAUAGCAUACAUGAGGGGUUUAAUAUUUAUAGAGUGAAAAAUGAGAAGAAUAGGGUUACUUGAGAGUGUGCAACUACGGGUUGUGGUUGGAGGGUUCAUGCAUCCUUCAUGGCUGAUAAUAUUACAUUCCAAAUAAAAACACUUCGGGAUGAUCAUUCUUGUACAAUGCUGUCUAAGAAUCCCAUAGUCACUUGUGAGUGGCUUUCUAGAAAAAUAGAGGAUAAAGUUAGAUGCAAUCCUGGUAUGAAAAUUAAAGACCUGAAAAAGGAAGUUAGAGUGAUGAUUGGAGUUCAUGUUUCAAAUGCUAAGCUGUAUACAACAAAAAACAGGUUAUUAGAAAAGUUAAGUGGGGAUCAUGGAGCAAGUUACUCUAAGCUCCAUGAUUAUGGAAAUAUUUUAUUGUGCAAGAACCCAGAUACUAUGGUACAAGUCAAGUGCCAUAGGAAUUACAUAUUUGAGAACCCUGUUUUUCAACGAUUCUUUUUGAGUUUUCCAGCACAAAAGGAUGGCUUUUUAAAGGGCUGUAGGCCAUUUAUUGGGGUAGAUGGUUGCCAUCUCAAGGGGCAAUUUGGUGGAGUGUUGUUGGUUGCAGUAGGUGUGGAUCCAAAUAACAGCAUUUUCCCAUUGGCUUUCUCUGUGUGUGAAGAGGAAAACUAUGACAACUGGAUUUGGUUUCUCAAUUUGAUAAGUGAGUACAUAGGAGUCCAUGAAAUAAGAAGGAUUUGUUUCAUAUCUGAUAGACAGAAGGGUUUGUUGAAGGCAAUUAAUGAGGUUUUCCCAAAUGCCUUCAAUCGAUCUUGUGCAAAGUAUAUCUUUGCCAACUUUAAGUCUCAUUUUCCUGGUCUUAAGGUCAGGAACUUGUUUUGGGCAGCAUCUAGGUCAACAAAUAUUAAGGAUUUUAGUAUUGCAAUGGAGGGUAUCAAGGCGGUUGAUUUGGGUGCAUAUACUUGGUUGAAAGACAUUCCGGUGGAUAGUUGGAGCAAUCCUGCAUUUGAGACUGAUGUUAAAAUGGAUCAUGCAACUAACAACCUUACAGAAUCGUUUAAUAGUCAGAUUGAUCGUAUUAGGAACAAACCGAUUCUGCAAUUGGUUGAAAGCUUGAGGAGAAAAGUAAUGAAAAAGUUUAGCAAAAGGGAACAAAAAGCUAAGGACUGGCUGACAGAUCUUCCUCCAUCAGUUCAAGCUAAGGUCAACAAAUUCCAAAGGGAAGGGAGCCACAUUCAGGUUAUUCAUGCUGAAAAUUCAAAGUUUGAGGUUUUGCAUGAAUCUGUUACAGUUUUGGUGGAUUUCAACAAGGCCACAUGUGACUAUGGAGUCUGACAGAUAUAUGGAAGUCCUUGCAAACAUGCCAUGGCAUGUAUCACUCAUUUGGGGGUCAGCCCUAUUCCAUAUGUGGCCAGUUGCUUGUCAAAGGAAGCAUAUAUGUUGAUCUAUGCAGGGAAGAUUCAUCGAUUCAUCCAAUACCUGAUGAAUCAUCCUGGCCAUAAAUGGAGGGUGACAAAGUCCAUCCCCCUGCAAACAAAAGAAAGCCUGGCAGACCCAAACUUACAAGGAGAAGGGAGUCCGAUGAGCUAGCUCACAUAAAAGAUCAUAUGUUCUAAAGUGUGGGGUUUGCAAAGCCAUGGGCUAUAGCAAGAGAACAUGCCCAAAGGUUUGUUCACAUGCAAAGAAUGUCAGGACCCGUCCAGAAUUCAUUCCCCAGAACCCUAGACAAGCCCUGAUCCCAGGGAAACCCUACCGGACCCUCCAAUGGAAAAUCCGACAGAGCCUCCCCUAAGGGAUGGACUUACCACAAAUUACCUGCACUGAAAACAUACUUCUAUAAAUCAUCCCCUUAUUCCUCCCACGUUACUACAGAUUGAUUCCACAAAUUUCAGCACUUCAAAUAACAACAGCAGCAACCCAGUGUGUAAAGAACAACUACACAUCCAAUACAGUAUACAGAGCAUUAAACAGAUACAUGUGAAAUUUAUAAAAUGACAGAUAAAGAAGCAAUACAAGGUCGAGAGGAAAAAGGGAAGAAAAACUUCUUGAACCUUCGGCAACGAACUGAGACGUUGGGCUCGUCUCGGACAAUCAACGUCUCCAACCUGGACCUAGGGGAACGGAAUUUAAGAGUGUGAGAUGCUAAUCAUCUCAGUGAGUGACCCUAUCUACUGUACACCUUUAAUAUUAAUAAUAUAUCAAAUAAAAUGAUUUAAUUAAUCAA